ACAUGUGUUUUCCUGUGAUCGCAGUGUUGGAGCGUGGCGGAGUAAUGUAGACUUAAUUUUUAUUUCACAGAAUAGAGGUGGUCAAACAGUAACAGCUUAAAUGUAAUGAAGAUGGAUCAAAAGCAUCCUGACCAAGAGGACAAGGUGGACGUGGACCAGCAGGAAGAUGUCAUCUACAGUCCAGAUGAUGUUAUUGAAGUGAUCGACCUUGAUGAUGGAUCAAACGCAGAUGUUCUCUCAAGCGAAAUGGCUGAUGUCGACAUUGAAGAGAGCUAUGAUGCCGAUAUUGAUGAUGUAGAUGGCGCCAUGGGUGGUGAUGAUGAGGAAUCCAUGGAAGACCUAACAGACGACAGUGAUUUGGUCCUUAGAAAACAUCAGAGCAAUGUAUUUUCUGUGAGUAUUGAUCCAGCCACUGGUACCUUGGGAGUCACUGGUGGUGAAGAUGACAAAGCCUACCUUUGGAAUUUAGUUGAAGGAACUGUAAUGUUUGAGUGUACAGGCCACAAAGACUCAGUAACCUGUGUUGGCUUUAAUCAUGACUCAACCAUGGUUGCAACUGGUGACAUGUCUGGUCUGAUUAAUGUUUGGCGAGUUCAAGAUGGGUCUAGCAUUUGGUCAUUCGAAGCAUCAGAUCUGGAAUGGAUGGAGUGGCACCAUAGUGCACCAGUGCUGCUUGCAGGAACAAGUGAUGGUAUGACCUGGAUGUGGAAGGUGCCAAGCGGUGAACUAAAGACCUUCCAGGGCCCCAGCUGCCAAGCUACCUGUGGCCAGUGGUUGCCUGAUGGAAAACGAGCAUGUGUUGGAUACGAUGAUGGAGUAGUGAAGAUUUGGGACUUGAAGACUGGUGCCGGACAGUUUACCCUGUCAGAUGGUGAUGCACACAAGAGCUCUGUGACAUGUUUAGACUGUCACCACGACAACACCCUGAUUGCUACUGGCUCAACGGAUGUAACCUGCAGGUUAAUAAACAGCCACAAUGGUAAGGUACUCGGUAUCAUUGACGCUGGAGACCAACAGCAGGAAGGCGCAAAUGCCGAGGACUCGAUCGAAUCCGUCGCAUUCUCUCCGAGUCUUCAGCUUUUGGCAACAGGCAGCCUAAAUGGAAUGCUUGGAAUAUGGGAUGUUCCAACCCAAGUGCUACGACAUAACUGCAAACAGACAGGGAUUGUGAAACUGAAAUGGGAUCCAACUGGGCCACUUGUUUACACUGUUAGUCUUGAUGGCUUGAUUCGAUUAUGGGAUGGAAGGAGCGGAAACCUGGCAUCGCACUGGUCUGGACACCAUGCUGAAAUAUUGGAUUUUGACGUUAGCCGAGAUGGCAGCACUUUAGUCACGGCAUCUGGGGAUGGCUCCACCCGUGUCUUCCACAUGCACCGGCCUGACAGAUAAUAACUACAGCUUCUAGCAAUCACCUUGAUGGCCAAAUCUCAUUUGGCUUUAUAGAAGGUGGUGCUUGGACUGAUACAUUCACAUAGACAUAUAAUAUAUUAGCUUUUCCUUAAGAAUCUGACAGUGGAUAAAGUGGAGGCAGGCUGUCUCAGAGAUCCUUGUUGUGUAUAAUUGCCAUUGUGUUUUAGAAGUAGCAUUUGCACACGUUGUGUUUGGCAUUGAAAACACUAUACUGCUGAAACACUUCAGAUUAAACGUUGAACCAGUUCUACUCAAUAAGUUUUUUGAUGUCAUAAAUGAUUACUCAUAAUUUUAAUGAUUCAAACAUAUUGCAUUGUUGAAUUUGCAUGGGGCAGUAUGUUAUUUCAGUUACCACUCAAAUUUCUUUCCUAUACAUUAGGAAUAUCAGUAUCACGAUGUCCUUAUCUUUGUAAGUCUCUCUAAAUGCGCUGGUUUGGCACCCAGGUUGUGUGGCCAGAAAUGUUGAUGAAUAAUGGGAUAAAAUAAACUGCUCAUUGCUUGUUGCUGAAACCCUUUAGUGUGAAAGGUGCCAUCGUUUCACUAACAAACGCAAUGUCAUUUGAAAGGCGAAUGUUACUAAGGAGUGUAAUUUCCAUAAGGUGAGCAUUUGAUGCAAAACUCGUUGAGCUAAUGAAUGGAAUAAGCCUGCUGGCCAGUGCAAAAGCUCUGUUUUUGUAUGAAUGUCUCCACGUAAUAUUAAACUUGCCAGCUAACGCCUCGCAUCUAAACGAUUUGAUGGUUGAUAUAUAAUAUCCCUCGCCGAGCCCUGCAUGUGUACAAUACUGGUUGCCUGUUAUUGUUGGUAUAUUUGAAUAAAUGAAGUGAAUUCUAUAUUGCAGUGAAAAUACAAACAAGUAUAA